GUUGAUUUAUCCUGGCAAAAUUUCUCAACCCAAAGAGCUGGCGUUUUUAAUUGGAUCUCCGUCUAUGUUUGUUUCUUUGAUUGCAUCGCAUGUCGUCUCAGAAUCGAGGUGCCCCGGGCACCAUUAAACCAAAAGCAGUAUCUGUGAAUAACCUCUUCUCUGGACGUAAUCUCGCCCCCGGGCAAAGGGGCAACGACCCCAGCCGAAAUGGCAUGCAAAGUGUUGGAAAAGCAGCAAAUGUGGUCCGCCGCAUGCCACCGCCAGCGUCUUUGCCUUCACUAAGAGCCGAGAACAAUGGACAGGAUCCGACUACACCAGUGGUUCCACAAGGAGGUACUGGAUGGAGCAAGUCUGACAACCCAAACGGAGCCGCCGAGCCGCCUCAGACACCGACGAAUCAGGCGCCUGCAGUGCCUCCACCACCACCACCACAGCCAGCCAACGACUUACGACCAUCGUGGCUCGUCGCCGCCAACGCCGAGCAACAAGCGAACAACAGCCAGGCUAGAGAGUUUCCCUCACUGGCUCCACCCGCCAACGACUCCGAUAAAUCAAAUAACAAGUGGGAUAUCACGUCAUCAUCACUUGCCGAAAAGCUCACCGACAUGCCGAACGGCGAGCAAUUCGAAGGAGGAGUGCCCAUCCGAUUUCUGGGACCCAAUACUACUGCUGCUUCAACUGCCGAAUCCGCUUUUAACGCGAAAUCCGGUUCCCAAAAACCACAACCACCCACCACUGCCAACGGCAGUUCCACCAAAUACAAUAAAAUUAGCGACGACGAAGGGUUCGACUCGCAGGACCGCGAUCGAAACUAUUCAACGGAGGAAGGCGGCUGGUCGCCGAACGGCUCGCCGAGCCAGACUGUCUGCUAUGGGCCGGAUAAGGAUACGGAAAACGAGUAUCGAUCCUACUUGAGGAACGACCUUCCCCAGUUCCGGACGAGCGAAAUUCGAAUUCUGAAGCGAGCCACUGAGCAACUGCUACUACAGGAUAUCAGUGACGACGAAGAUGAAGUUCAAAUGACACGACUAGACAAGCCGUCACUUUGUAUUGUGAAGCGCGGUGGAGAAAUCAAGCCUCCGACCGUUGCAAAGCAAGAUAGAGAGAAAUCUGUACAAGAAGCUAAAACUUCACACCCACCUGCACCAGUCAAGCCUCCCAAGGAGAAGAAGCUUCGAAAAGAAGGAAAAUCAUCCAAAAAAGAAAAAGAUGUAAAAGAGAAGAAGCAGACGGUACCGCCACCAAAUCCCGGCCCCGCUCCAGCGCCUGCUCCAAUUGCGAUUGACACACCGCCAGCUUCGGAGAAGACGACUCCAGCUGAAGAAGUUCUUCCAGCUCCGCCACCACAAGAAAAUGUAUGGGCGAAGAGGAAGGAGGAACGGGAAUCUUUGGAAAGAGAAAAGGAGAAAUCUCUAAUGCCACGUGUUAUGCAACAAGCAAUCGAACAACAUUUCCCAAUGGUCCAUGACGCUGCCACAAUCAAAGUGAACAAGGAAUCCACCAGAAAAUCCAGUGACACCGAGUUUACCCGCGCCGCUAUCCGAGCUCGCAAACAAGCCACGUCAAACGAUGUGAGGAGACUGAUGAACUCGGAGAGCAGUGCAAAGAUGAAAAUGAAUCGCAUGGGAAAUCAAGAGAAUUAUGGCUCUGAAGAGAAAGUCAAUGGAAAGCAGAAUGGAGGCUUCACCAAUGGAUAUAAAGCCGCUCAGAACGGUGCUCUUCGCAAUAAUCAGACAAAUGGACGGUUUGCGGAAAAUAGCCACAGAGAGCGCAAGGAUUCGCACCGAAGCAAUGUCUCGUCUCACCACUCUGACGACGCAAAAAAACACAUGAAUGGUCACAGCAAGAAAAAAGAGACGGAGAAGCUAAAAGAAAAUGGAGAUGUGAAAAAGUUUAAUAUUGAGGAUUGUUCGAAUGUGAACAUUGAAAGUUGGGCGGAUGAGAUGGAGAAUAUGGAUGGGUUUGAAGAAGUGAAUAGCAAGAAAAAGAAAAACAAGACAUUGGCGGAGAAGCAAAAUGUGCAACAAUCAAAGUCUCAAUUGCAAAAUCACACUCAGAACCAAAGCCAGAAUCAGAGCCAAGACCACGAGAAAAACUCGAAAACGAAACCAAAAGACCCGAAACAAGGAACUCGAUUGUUUGUACCAAAAGCGCUUCGAAAAGAAGCCGAUGAUCUCCCUGCAAACGGGCUACUAAGCCCGCAGAGUGUAGAAACCAAAGAGAAAAUUGCGGCGGCGAAAUCCAACGGAGAUGUUUUCAAGAGUGACGAGCAGUCGAAAGGUUUCUGGGAUUCCUUGACACCGGAAGUCUCAACCAUCCCGAAGAAAAUGACAAAGAAGCCUGAAGGACAACAUGUGGAGUUUCCGAAACCUGUUGGCAAAUCUUUGGAUAUUACUGGAUAUGAUUUUACUUUCGAUCCGCAAUUACAGAUUACAAAUCCAAUCAUUUCUGACCGUGUUGCCAUUCAACAAAUGCUUUCCGCUGAGAACGCUGCCACUGACGAUGAUUCACACCAUCGAAGAAAUGUGCUCAAUGAGCUACGACAAUCAAUUGAUGAACUGGGCCCUGUUGCGAUGGCAAAGGUGUCUCAGGAGUACAACGAGGUGUUCUCUUGCCGGCCGAACAACAACAAUGUCAGUUUGGCACCAUUCUCCAAUCACUACUCAUCUUUCCAACCACUAUUCAACACGGGAGACGCCCCGCUCCUCUACCCAACCGCCGCACCUUCACCACCAAUGAGCUACCUCAAUAUGAUGAACUUUUCAAAUUUGAAACGGCAAUCGGGAUAUGGUGCGCCGGAGAACGGGCUUCUCGGACGUAUUCCGAACAGCCAGGCGGCCGCUGCUGCAGCUGUGGUCGCUGCACAGCAACAAAGAAUAUGGAACGGUGGAGCGGCUCAUUUUGAUAUUAACUCACUUGCCGGUACUCCACCAGCAAACUAUAGUUCCAAUGGAUCCUAUGGAUUCUUUAAUAAUGGCUCCAACGCCAAUGAGCACCGAGCUCCGUUUGGCGGGCUUCCAAACGGAAUGUUAAAUGGUAUGGGUAACGGUCAAGCGCCUUAUUUCGACCGUACCACAUUGCCACCGGCAAACUUGGCUGUUGGAAGUCAACGACAGUUUAGUGGCAACAUGAAUCGUCAACAACAACAACAACAACAACAACAACAAUCAUCGGGACAGUCGCACCCGAUGAAUGGGAUGGGCAACUCAAAUGGAGGACCACAAUUCCCACAACAAAACUUCACGCAACCACCGCCACCAGUGAUGAGGUUUCCGCCUUCAAACGGAACAUCUCACCAAGACAACGGUCCAUUCUUCUUCAACAACGGUAACCGUGCACCAAUUGGCAGACCGCCAGGUCUCUCGGCGGCCGGGCACUCUGCACAACUGGAUAUGAUUUGGUCGAACUCCAACAACAGCUACUUUGGUAAUGCGGGUCAUUCCAAUAGCAGCUGGAAUGGCGGAGCUGGAGCUGGCGCUGGAGGAGUCGGCGGUGUACAGGCGGCUGGUCCGCUGAGACAGAACGGCUACAAUCAGCGUCAAGUUCGCGAUAAUCAACAAAUGAACAACCGAAUGCGGCCUACACCAGUUCAAGGCAAUCGGCAAUAAUUCAAGCUACUGACUUAUUAUUUCCUUCUUUAUAUUCUUAUUUGAAUUCCUCGAAUUCCUACUUUUCCCCUUAUUAUUAUUAUUAUUUUCUUCCAAUUGUGUCUUCAUUAUUUUGUCAUUAUAAAAACACUCACCGCCCUCAUACACAAACACACCCACACACACACCAACCACUCACGCUACGUCUCUAUUUGAAAGUUUUAUUUUCAAAAAACUGGCUUCAAACCUCCCCGAGUCUUAAUUGUCUUCAUUUUGUCAAAUUAUUUUUUUGUCUUCGUCUCAUGUUGUUCGAGUAAUUUGUCUGAAAUCGCAUUCCUCACAAAAAAAAUCAAUAAACUUUUUCAAAGUCA